AUGGAUGCAGAGGUGUUCGUAUUCACGAGACAGGAUGGCUUCCUCUGCCCUCCUAAGUUUGGCCUCGAGCGCCGCCUUUUCAGCCGCCAUUUUCUCGGCUUCUUGCUUGACGGCCAGCUCAUGGGCGGCGUGAGCAGCCUCGCUCUCCUUGAUGCGGAGCUCGAGUUUCUCCAUCUCUUUCCUCAGGAUAGUCUCUUCAGUCUCAUGCUGGGUCUUAAGCUCAACAUUCUUAGCCUCGGCCAUGCUGAGAGACUUGGUAAGCUCAGAUCUCUCCUUGUCCCAUUUGAACGCGUCAAUCUGGGCGUUGGCAAGUUCGUCAAUCUUGCGAUUGAGCUCAGACUGCAUCUUCUCCUUCGUUUCCUUGAGCUCAUUGUCUUUGAAUUCACAUUCCUUCUCGAGUUUCUGCGCACAUUCACUCUCCAUGCGCAGCUUGGUCUCCAGCUCAAGGAUAAUCUUAUGGUCAUAACCCUUGUGGCCCUCGAGGUGGAAUUUCUCUUUCUCACACUCGAGCUUUUCGCGAAGAGCACAGAUCUUCUCCUCUUUCAUGACCUUCCACUCUCUCAGAAGCUGGUGAUUGAUGAGGUUGAGCGACUGUCCCCACUCAAGGCUCUCCUGAACGAAGUGGCAAGCGUUGAAAGCUCUCUCGCGAGCAUGGUUUCUUUCGAGCUUGAUGUCCUCGAUCUCAGACUCCUUGAACUCAAGAGCAGAUUUUGCAUCCUCCCACAAAAUGUGGAGAUUGGCAUACUGGCGCUUGCUCUCCAUUUCAUUUCGAAUAGCUGUAUCACGCGCACUUUCGGCCUUGCUGCGGUCUUCAAUUGCCCUAUCACACCUGGUCUCAAGAGUGGCAUUGAUACCGUUCAGGAUAUCCUUAUCCUCUUCAGCCCUGAUCAGCUCAGAGUUCAGAAUUUUCACUUGUCCCUGCAGGUCGCCGUUCAUCGAAGUCAGUUCGACAAUUCCAUCCUCAGCCUCAUGAAGCAGCGUAGUCUGAACCAAAAGCUUGCGUUCGAGGUCAGACUUUUCCAUGGAAAUCUCCGUAUACUUCUUUUCGAGGUCGAUGUUGAGCUUCUCCAGCCUUGUUUUCUCCACCUCCAGCUCAUUAGCCCGCUCCCGGGCGCUCUCAGCUUCUGCACAAGCAAUCCGUUCAGCCUCUCGGGCCCUUCGGCAAGCCUCAAUAGCAUCAGCACGCUGGGCAGUAAGCUUGACAGCCCACUCCUUGAGCUUCUUGAUUUCAAUACGGAAAGUCUCAAUCUGCUUAUCACGGAUAAGCAAGACUUUCUCCGCAACCUCAGCCCGGGCUUCUUUCGCAUCACGCUCCUGGGCCAACUCGACCAUUCUGAAGCGGGCCUGGCCUAG